GUUUAGUCCUGUGACUCUGCCUACUAGUCCCACCUGUAAUUUAGUCCGGGUGGUGAGGUUUUUAGUUCCUAGAGCCGGUACAUUUCGGUGGCACAACGAAAUUAAGCUCAAUUUACAUCUGUUUCAUUGCAAGGACACUGAUUUAACACUGAAUCAUGGCAGUGAACACAGGCACCUCACUAGUGCUGUCCAGUCUGCUGUCAGUGCUGGUAUUUGCUGGGAUGCAGAUGUUCAGUAAGCAGCUGGGAUCUACAGAAUGGCUGACCAUCCUGGGAGGUUUCCUGGGUUCAGUCCUUUUCAUCUGUUCGCUCACUGCAUUUAAUAAUCUGGAAAACCUGAUUUUUGGGAAGGGAUUCCAGGCCAAGAUAUUCCCAGAGAUUCUGCUCUGCCUGUGCCUGUCACUGUUUGCCUCUGGUCUGGUACACCGUGUCUGCGUCACCACAUGCCUUAUCUUCUCUCUCUUCGCCCUGUACUACAUCAACAAAGUAUCUGCUGCCCUGUACCAAGCAGCUGUUCCCGCAGUAACACCAGCCAAAUCUGCCAGCAAGGGCAAGAGGAAGAACUGAUUAAUCUUUUGGGUCACACUUGAAUCCAGUCAACCAGUCAAUAUUACCCAGGUGCUGAUGGAAAGUGCAACACAGCAGUUGCAUUUUUUGUCACAGUAAAUUUCUUAAAUCCACGACCCUUGGUGUAUUUUCACAGUCCUUUUAAAAAAUUUGGUUUGGGAAUAUUACUUGGAAAGUGAUGAUCGUUUCACUGAUUACAUGCUUACAACUUUUGUAAUGACAGUUUUUUUUUUUUUUUUUUUUUUUUUUUACAGUGAUGUCAAAUUUGAAUCAUGGAGAAAAGUUCUUGGUGUAUUGUAUGUCAGGCCAUAAAAGUAGCUAAACAGCUAUCUACAUUCCAUUGAAAACCUUCUCCUCAGCACUGUUUUUACACUGGUUGCAAAGAGAUUCGUACAUCCCAUCAUGUUGUUUGUAUAGUCAUCAGCACUUCAAGUUGCUCUAUUGUUUAAUUCAUUUUGUAAUUAAACCCUGUAAAAGAC